UUUUGUCACAAAAUUAGCCAAGGUUAUUUAAUUUGAUUUCGUUUCAAUUGUUAACUUUAAAUUGUUUUUAUUUAUAGUUGAUCGUGAAAAUCAAUUGUUUACUAAUUGACAAUUAAACAAUUCGCUGUGUUGACUGUUAUUUAAUUACCUGAAAUUUAAUCCGAUUUGUUUUGAUUUUCUUGUUGUGGUUCAUUCAAUUUUCUUGUCAAUCAACAUUUUAAUUGCAUCAUUUUUUUUCUUCUUCAAGUAAUUUAAUUUAAUAAAUUAUUGAUUACCAUGGCUAGCUCAAUGAUUGUAGCUGGAAUGGCCAUGGCUGCAGUCGGUUUUGGUGGCAGAUAUUUACUUAGAGUAUCAAAACAAUUAGGCCCACAGUUGGAGCAAUUAAAUAAGGUUCUACCCGAUGCUAAAUCUUUUGCCAAUUCUAAAUACUACAAGGGAGGAUUCGAGGCCAAAAUGACAAGACGUGAAGCUGGUCUUAUAUUAGGAGUUAGUCCAGCAGUUAAUAAAUUAAAAUUAAGAGAAGCUCAUAGAAGGAUAAUGUUACUUAAUCAUCCAGAUCGAGGUGGAUCACCUUAUUUAGCUGCUAAAAUUAAUGAAGCCAAAGAUUUAUUAGACUCUGAUAAGAAAUAGAAUUGUACUUUUAACAAUUUAUAUUGUGUACAGACCUUCCAAAAAAAAAAGUAUACUUGAAGACGAAUAAAAUAAGUUUGUAGUUAAUUAA